AUGAAUCCAAACAACAACAAACAAAUGUGUAAUAAAGGUAUUAUUUUGUUAAAACACGUUAAAUAAUUCAGAUUGAUUUAAAAAUCCUGAAAAUGAUAUAUAAUAUUUCAAAUUACUCAUAAUUUGUUUUCCAACAAAAAAAACUAAAAUUCUUCGCUUGUCCAAAAAAUGUCAACAGAUAUUGUGAAUGUGGACCACCCACGACGAUUUUUUCUUAAAGUUGUUCAAACUUCAUUAUUUUUAACGAUAAAAACAUACAUUUUUCAGGAAAAAAUUAAAAAAACAUUUAGCAAUGUUUGUAUCGUUUCAAGCAAAAAAUUGAUAUCAUUUUCAUGGCACAUUUUCAAAUUAUUGCAGAUCGACGAAGUCAACACAACAGAAAUCUUCGAAACAAUUCUGGGCAACCCAGAAAUCACUUUCUGAACAGUCCACCGACUUAUCGCUAUCAGCAAUCACCGGUUGUGCCACAAUAUCAACCGCCAAAUUUUAAUCAGCCGCCAAUGCCUGCACCCAUCCCAAAUAUGAUGCCACCUAUGCAAAAUAUGCUGCCAGCUCAACCAAAUGGUUUUGCGCCACCGAUGAUGGCACCGCCAGCUAUCUAUAUGCCACCUGGUCCACAAAACUAUCCGCCUCCAAUGCCACAACCACAGAAUAUACAACAAUUUGAGCAACCACCACCUCAAAUUGUUCCAAUGCCUCAAAGAUACUAUGUACCAAAUAAUGCAUUUUUUUCGCCUCAACCGGAUCAGUCUCAAUUUGUUCCGAUUAAUCAACCACAUUUCCAACCAGUUCCGCAAGAAUUUCCAUUGCCGAAUCCUCCAUAUCAAAAUCAAAUUGUUCAACAGCCACUUCCAAGAACAACACCGACACCAGCACCACAACAACAACAAAUGGUGGAACCAACAUCACAAAACUCAAAGCAAUCACCAGAAGUUGAAACUGGUUCGAGUAUCACAACAUCAGAUGAUGAUGGUUUAUGCGACUGUAAAGUCAUUAUUCUGAAAGAGAACCCGAAAAUGAUGAUUUUGAGAGGACAACAAAUAUAUUAUCAAGAAUCCUUGUUCUACAUUCGCGAUCCGGAAGACCGUAUUCGAAUCAUCAAACCACCAAGUAAGUUGUUUUUAACUAGAAGAUUCGAGUUACAGAGAGAAGGUAAAUAUUCAUCCAUUUUUUAUAAGAUUAAACGUGUUUCUCUGUGUCAAAAAGUCUACAGUAAUUGUUCGAGAAAACAUAUUUUCAAAAAAUUCAGUGAAAUAAAAAUCGUGCAAAAAAUAAUAAGGUCUCAUCACUUUCAGACGUUAUUUCUGUUUUCUGAUCAUAACAGACAAUGAAGAGGUAUGUUUGAUCUAUUGUGGUGUGAUUCGUUUUUCUGCAGCUUAUUUAUAAAAGCUUUUAGCUAUGUUAACCAAUAUUAAUUUCAUUUUAUCAGCGAUUUUAAGUUAACGAUAAUUAAUUUAACAAAAGCAACAAUGACUAGAUUUUUUAGGUUCUGAAAAAUCUGAAGGUUCCGGAGACGCGGAUGAAAAAAAGAUGUUUAGCGAGAAAGAGUUGGCUCAAAUUAUCAAGGCAUUGUAAGUUACUGUUAGAAAGAUACAUAUAUGCAUAGAUUGAUCAUUUUAGAACUGGUGGGGACGUUCAAUUAGAUCAAGUCGCUGAAGAGUCGAGCAGUUCGAAUGUUGCAGUUGUGGCUGACGUUGAGGAAGUUGGUGAAAAGUGAGUGAUUUUCAAGCAUGAUAAGCUAUCAAUUUUCAAAUUUUCUACAACAUUCAGUUACAGAGAGAAGGUCGAAAAAACAGCCGAUGCUCUGCAAAACGACAAUAGAGAAUCGGAAAAAAUCGAAUCUGAAGACGAUUCAGACAAGUAUUUUGAUGCAGUGUUAGUUUCUGAUUUAGCUUUGUAUUUGUUUAUAAAAUAUAUUUGUUUCAGAUCCGAAUUUGAGAAGAUUGAUGGUGAUGCGGAACAAAAAAGCAUGGCUGAAGGAGAAGGACAAGAUGCAGUAGCACAAGUCCAACUUGCGGAAAGUGGAGAAGGCGGUGAAGACUCGAAACAAAGAAACGUCGUGGUGUCAGAUCUUGAAGAAAAUCAAGACGAAACCGUUGAAACGUGAGUUAUUUAGUUCGGAAUAAUUGACUUUACAAAAUUUACAUUUUUCAGGAAACCAUCGACUUCUGCCGGUGUUUCAAAAAAUGAAACAAAGAAAAACAAGAAAAACCGCAAAAAUUCGAAAAAAGGAUCGAACAACAAGAAGAAAUAA